AUGGCAGACGUCGAGAAAAGCGCAGCUACCCUUACGCAACGAGACGACAGUAUCGAACAUCAUGAGACCCAGUUCUACCAUGGCCAGGUAGUCUCUGAGAUCAGCUAUGACAACAAAGGGAUCAGAGGCAUCGUGCGGUCGCCCUAUGUCUUCGGUGCCGCCCUCCUGGCCUCCUUCGGCGGCUUCUCCUUCGGAUACGAUCAGGGUGUCAUCUCCCUUAUUCUAACAAUGCCUCAAUUUCAUGACCACUUCCCCGAGAUAGCCCCCGGUCACGCUCACUAUGGCUUCAACACGGGCUUCAUGACUGGCAUGUUGGAGUUCGGCGCCUUUGUCGGCUGUCUACUCUUCCCUAUGCUCGCCGACCGCUUCUCCCGAAAGUGGGGUCUCGCCGUGGCGACAGCAUUCUUUUGCGUCGGUGCCAUCAUUCAGACCGCUGCACACAACUAUGGUACCCUCGUCGCUGGACGCACCAUUGGCGGUGUUGGCGUGGGGACUCUCGCCAUGGGAGCUCCAUUAUACAUCUCUGAGAUUGCACCCCCCAAUUUGAGAGGCUCUCUACUUGUGCUCGAGGCCAUCUCCAUUGUCAUCGGCGCCAUCAUCGCUUAUUGGAUCACGUACGGCACUCGACAAAUUGCAGGCGACUGGUCUUUCAGGCUACCAUUCGUUUUACAGAUGAUUCCUGCCCUGAUGGUUGGCAUCGGCAUACAGUUCUUCCCAUUCUCUCCCAGAUGGCUGGCCAUGCGUCACCGCUAUGAGGAUAGUUUGCAAUCGCUCCAGAAACUUCGACGUCUACCCGGAACAGAUGGCCGCGUCCAGCAGGAGUGGAAGGGCAUUCUCACUGAAGUCGAAUUUCAGGAGCGUGUGGUAGCUCGUGAGCACGGUGCCAACACCAACAUUGUCAUCCUUGAGCUCAAACAAUGGGGUGAUCUCUUCAAGCCGAAAUACCUGCAACGCACGGUGGUUGCGCUUGCAAUUCCGUUCUUUCAGCAAUUCUCAGGCAUUAACGCAUUCGUAUACUAUGCACCCAUCUUCUUUGCCGCUCUUGGCCAGAGUUACGAAAUGUCCCUCAUUCUCAGCGGUAUGGUCAAUAUCUGCCAGUUCGUUGCCGGCAUCCCGACUUUCCUGUUCCUGGACAAGAUGGGCCGCCGCAAGCUCGCUAUCUUCGGUGGCAUCGCCAUGGGCAUCCCGCACAUGAUCAUGGCCGGUAUCGUUAGCAAGUACAACGAUAGGUGGGAAAGUAACCCGGGCAUGGGUUGGUUCGGCGUCGCCCUCAUCUACAUCUAUGUCCUUGCAUAUGCUUGCUCUUAUGGCCCGUUGGCAUGGACUCUACCUGCAGAGGUUUUCUCAAAUUCCAAGCGCGCAAAGGAUGUCGGUGCAGCGACGGCCAUGGUCUGGCUUGCGAACUUCAUCAUAGGCGUCAUUGUCCCCGAGAUGCAGCUCAAACUUGGUUGGGGCACCUACCUUUUCUUCGGCUGCUUCUGUUUUGCGGCGUCGAUAUUCUCAUUCUUCUUCGUUCCAGAGACGGCAGGCAAGAGUUUGGAACAGAUUGCAGCUGUCUUCGGUGACAAACUCGGCAGUGAGGAACGGGAGCUACAAACCCAGAUCGCCGAGGAGGUGUGGGCGCACGGCCACAGGCGCCCGAGUGCGGUGUGA